UUUUAUAAUAAAUAAAAUAGGGUUUUCCUCUGCCAUUAUUACGUCUUUGUUAGAACUCUCUCUUCCAUUCCCUCCUUCGUUCCCGCGCUCCCGUUCUCGCACUCGUCGUUGUUGGGUUGAUUUCGCACACCUUGUUGUUGUUGUUCUUCAGUCCCUGUCUGUGAAGAUAUUUGUAAGGAAGUAAAAGAAAAAAACAGAGAAGCUCUUGACAGAGGAGAGACAUCACACUUAAUUUCAUUCUAUUUUUCUUUUGGUUUGAUCGGUACAGUUAAGCAAUGAAGUUUGAUAGGACAGAUGCUCUGUCAAUUUUGUCACAAAUUAAGCGUCAGGAUAAACAGAUUAAACUUAAGAGUAGAUGGUUACUCGGCAUUCCUCCCACAAGAUAUGAGAGGAAGAAGUUGAAAAAAUAUUUCAAAAAUAGGUAUUUAUCUGAGUCUUUGAUCAGAGAAGAGGAUAUGUUUUAUGAGUCAGUAAAAACUCAUCUCGAAGAUGCCGAUGGAGAACACUGCUUUGAACAAGAGAACGAUAUUCCUAUGGGGGAUAUGGAUUUGAUUCAAACAGUGAACAUGAAAAGGUUGAUAUCACCGUUGCUUGAUAAUUUGACUACCAAGGGUCUCUAUCUUCUCGCUAUGAUAGUUACUGGCAGUUCAUUUAAGUCUGAAAUAACUCGUUGCAAAAUGAAAAGGGUUAUCAAGGAUUCUCUUUCAAGUGUUCUGGGCAGCAAAAGCCGCCAUAACCAUCUGGAUACUUGUAAACAAAUUUUUUCACUUCUCAACAAUCCACAAAAUUUUCGAGACAGAUGUGAGCCUUUGGGUGCAUUGAGAUCCCUCUCUUAUCAUGCUGCGGCAGAAAAGGUAUUGCACAGGCUUCAAAACUUGCCAUCUCAGACCUUGAUUGCAAUGCGUAGAAAACUUAAAGGAGUGAAAGCACCAGUACCGCAGUUACAACCCCACAAGCAUGGAUGGGCAAGAGACCAUCUAAUCAAGCUAGUGAAGAAGAUCAGUAUGGAAAUGCUUUCAAAACUUGAUAGAGAAAGUGAGUUGCCAGACCCAUUAGCAAAAGCUAUGGCAGUAGCAGACUUAUCACUAAAACUCACAACUGGUUCUCAUAACAUGUUUUCAAAAGAAUUUUAUCAAUUCUCCCCUGAGGUGAAGUCCUUGCAAAGGGAUAUUAUUAAGGCUAUAUGGUCUGUUAAGAAAGUAACGACAGUGCCAGAGCUAAGAAAUUUACAGCUUCUCAUAGAACCAAAGGCUACAAUAUCAAACCGGUGCAUUCGGACAACUUUUGUAAAUUUUUUAACUGAAUUUCUUUUUGAGUGCAGUGACAUGGAUAGUAUUCCGAAGUCUCUAUCACAGACCCUAGAUGUUAUGAACAGAGGUCCUAAUAAUGGUGGCUUUCACAGUGUACUAUUCGAAAAGAAGUAUAUUGAGGAAGAAGUUGACUGCAUACUAAACAUUAGUGCUUUGACAAAACAAAUUGUUUUGGAUUUGUUGCCUGAUGAUAAAUUUGAUAAAGACUUUACUGAUGCUUACAUGGAGCAAUUAGAAGAAAGUGAUGACAGUGACAGCAAUGAGGAUGUUUGUAGUCAACUUCAGGAGGACAUACGAUUCGGAAAUGGAUCAUCAUUUGAUUCAAUCGAUACAUGCAAUGAAGCUGAAAGUAUUGGAGAUUUUGUGCCAUUUGAGUUCCUUUCUUGUACCAUCAAAAUUGAGGAAAAUGUUUCAUCUUCCCCACUUACAGUUAGUGGUAGGUUGAAUAGUGGUUCUGAACGACUUCAACCUAAUAAAUGUUGUAGUGUAAAUUUGGAAUCUGAAUUUCACAAUACUACACAUAACAUGUUAACUGACCAAUGCCAAGGAGAAAGCACAGAGCAUUUUAGUACAUUUAUGGCUGGCAAAAACAAUAAUUCUUCAUUUGUUUCACCUGACAGAGAGUUGGAUGAAAAGGUUGUAAAGAGAAAUCAUUUGUUUGAAUCUGUUACUAAAAUAGCUGCAACGGACACAACUAAUUUGUUUUCUGAGGAGAAAGAACCUGUGCCCACUAAGCACAGUGCAUGCAAAAACCAAUACCUUGCUAUCCAAGAUGCUUGUGAUAAGACAAGUAUGCUUGCAUAUAGUCUUGUAGGUCGUAUGUUGCAUGAGUUUGUCAAAACUGAAGGCCUAGAUGUAAACAUGAGCAAGAGUUUAUACCUCAACCGUAAUAAUCUCACUGAAGAUGUUGAAGAUAUAGAAGAGCAGUCAUCAUCUGGGAAACAUGCAAGAGAUUUUGUUCAAGUAAUUGAAGAGUUGAUUCCUUCCUUUCCAAAUAGUAGCAUGGAAAGACUGAAGAUUUUGAUGGGCUUACAAUAACGGAACUCAGGGUUUCAGGUUCAAACAUUUUCAAAUAGGUUUGACCCAGUUGUGAGCUUGCUUGGUGUGAGCUUUGCCCUUCCCUCCAAGGAAUUUUCUUGUCACAAAUGGAUUCUCUGCCAUAACAAAAAAGAGCUCGCCACAGAGGAAUCUUAUAAUUUUAAGCCUCCAUCAAUUCUUGCUACAACGGAUGGAUAGCCUCGUCAUCGAGUUUAUUGCAUCGCUGUAGUUGUUGAGAAGAAUAGAAGCACCUUGGUGUAAGUGUUGUAUGCUUUAUUUGAGUACAUUUUGGUGGGAAAAUUCAACGAGCUGGGACGUGCUGGAAUGUUUUAGUGUGCGGCAUUUAUUAAAGAUAACAUUAAUUGCAAUAUGUCAUUGUGAAACAGCCCUUAUUGAUGGUGGUGUUGAUGUGGGAAUGCAGGGUGUUCCAAACCGUGGUGCUUCUAUUAGGGUAGGGAGGGAAACAAAGAAGAAAGGGAAGAGAUACUUUGAGGAUAGGAGGUCUGCAUCUAACAUGGACCCUUAUAUGGUCACUUCCAUGAUUUGCUGAAACAACCAUUCUUUUGGAAACCAUAAGCAACCUAAAAAUGAAUUCGACAAAUUCAGAUUCUUCUGCCUGGAAUCUGCAUCAUGGUGACUUAGGAAUCAGAAGCCUUGUAAUGAUGACAGUACUUCUACUCACGGGACUGGUUUGGCUAUAAAUUUAUGUGCCUUAUAUAUGUAUUGUUCAGUUUGAAAAUUAGUGGUAGAUGAGAUGAGGAUGUUAUUUGCAGUUCCUUUUGCUCGUGGAGAGUAUCUUUUAUUCUACUUUCACUGUACAACACACAAAAGGCCUUGAAGGCUAUUACCAUGUCUUCCUCAUUUGGCUUUCCGCAUUGUUCAUUGUUCUUGUAGGAACUGUAGCAUCAUAUGGCUUUGCAGCUUCAACAUAUAUGUCAACUGUGAAUAACUUGCAACCAA